ACUAUACAUGAAUUCACUGGAAAAUCUGUGAUGAUUACAUGUUCCCAUAAAUGGGCCUCAGACAACUUCAAGUAUUUCUGCAGAGAUCCAUGCACAUAUAAAGAUGGUGCUCUUGUCUCUUCGAUACAAGCACUUAUUGGGAGAUACAGAUUGAAAGAUUUAGGAAAUGGCUCCUUCACUGUGACCAUCACUGAUCUACAAGAGUCAGACUCUGGGAUUUACUGGUGUGGUGUGAAUAGAUCAAUUAAAGACACAUAUGAGAAAGUCAUACUGGAAGUCUCUAAGGAUCCUAACGAAAGCAUUGCCACAUCCACACAAGCAUACACAGACAUGGACACGUUCAUGGGUUUACUACACACAACCAACACACAAGCAGCACCAUCCUCUGAAUCUCCAUCCACCAAAGCAAGCAGUGCCUGUGGAUAUUCAAGCCUGGACACCAUCACAUUCCCACCCUCAGUUUCAGCAUCUGUACACACUUCACAAUAUGCUGCUGGUGGUCUGGGCUUGGCAGUGAUCAUACUUUUAGUUGGUUUAAUCACAGUUCACCAGUACAGGAAGAGAGUCAAAACAUCAGAAACAGCAACAUCUGCAGACAGAAGUGACGAAUUCAAAAAGGAGGACAUACAGAACAGCACAGAGAUUAAAUCUACAGACACGUAUGAAGUCAUGAGAAGCCAUUCAUAUUCGAUCUAUGAGAAUUUAGACCAGGGCCAAGUGAAUGAAGCUUACUGAAAUCUCUGAUUGCAGCAAUGAGCUAUAUGCACAACAAAUGAUCCUUAUACAGCACCAGUAUGCAAAUGCAAAUAAAUUAUAUAAGUUAAAUAGACUAAAGCAUUUAUUUAGUUGUUCAGGCAUAAACUGAGAUGAAAUUUAAUAUGCAACAUCGUCAGGAGCAGCUGGCAAGUGCAGCAACUCCAUUGCAAAUACUGUGGUAAAAUAAAGUUUCCAUAUUUUAAAGACAUGGCGCGGAGCAACAGAAUUUAAUUCAGUGCUUCCUGUCUGAAACCCUCUUAAUAGUAAAAUAAAGAUCAUUGAUUUUUAAAGAUUUUUAAUCAGAUC